AGUGGCCAGCUUUGGGUCCGCCGCCCUUUCAGUUUCGGGCUCGUUCUGAGGUGAGAGCAGAGCGGAAGAACCGGGGCCGAGGCGCCGGGAGCUGUAGGCCCCUCUGGGGGCUGUGCAGGUGUACUGACUUUUCUCUUUGGAAUUAAAAGAUGUCUCUAAACCCACCUCUGUCUUUCAAAGAAGACAAAGAUAGUAAAUCAGAAUUACAGAACAUUUCUUUAACUAAAGAAGAUCCCCUUCAAAACUUGUGCUUAGCAUCUCAGGAAGUUCUCCAAAAAGCCCAGCAGAGUGGUAGAGCCAAAUGUCUCAAAUGUGGAGGCUCAAGAAUGUUCUACUGCUACACGUGUUAUAUUCCAGUUGAAACUGUCCCAGUUGAACAGAUUCCAUUUGUGAAGCUUCCAUUGAAGAUUGAUAUCAUUAAACAUCCUCAUGAGACAGAUGGCAAAAGUACUGCAGCACAUGCUAAACUCUUAGCACCUGAAGAUGUGAAUCUUUACACAUAUCCUUGCAUUCCAGAAUAUGAAGAAAGGAAGCAUGAAAUUGUACUUGUUUUUCCUGGUCCCAAUUCUGUCUCAAUAGAAGAUAUUUCCCUUCAUUUGCAUAAACACAGUCCAAAUAAUGUUUUAUGUAGUAGCGAAAAUGACAGACCUGAAAAACUACCCAAUAAGCGCCAAAAAAUGGAAGUAGAAGAGAAUGGAGAUACAAAGGACAGCAGCAAGAGGGACAACACUCUGCUGAAGAAAGUUGUAUUUAUAGAUAGUACCUGGAACCAGACUCACAAAAUAAUUGCUGAUGAACGACUUCAAGGAUUGUUACAAGUUGAGUUGAAAACACGGAAAACUUGCUUUUGGCGCCAUCAGAAAGGAAAACCAGAUACUUUCCUUUCCACAAUUGAAGCUAUUUACUAUUUUUUGGUAGAUUACCACACUGCUAUUUUAAAAGAGAAGUACAAAGGACAAUAUGACAACCUUAUGUUUUUUUAUUCGUUUAUGUACCAAUUGAUUAAAAAUGCCAAGAGUUCUGCAGGAAAGCAGCAAGAAAAUAGUACUAUUAAUUUGUGAACAUAAUAAUUUAUUAAAUUUUGUAAUUGUCAUGUUUGAUAAACUUGUAAUAAACAUUGUGUUCUGUUUUUUUACUGCUUACAAAAUCUAAACCUAACUGUGCUUAGAAUAAUGGUUACCAGACAAACAAGAAUGGAGAAUAGCUGUUAAAAAAUAAAUUUUUUUAUAAGUA